CUACUACUUCUACUUUAGGAGCUACUCGAGACUGUGGUGUAUAUAAGUACCUAUUUGAACAGUUUUAUGUAGUGUUCAAUACAGAUAGGUGAAGGUAAGUAUGGAGAGAAUAACUCUCCGUGAGGGGAAAGUCACUAUAGAGCUCGCGAGCUUCCAAUUCGACACCCCUGUUUUACGUGUUCAGAUAAUCAGAUACAAAUGAUCAGAACGGUAUGAAACUUGACAGGCGUUCCUUUCGCAUAAAGUACAUAAAAUCACUGUGCAAUUAAACAUAUAGGUUUUUCACAACAGAUGCCAAGUGUGAAAGAUGAAUCAGAAGCAGAAGGGGAGGAAAUGUCGCAUGAUAGUAAUGAAAGUAAUCAGAGUUCCGCAUCAUGUGACAGUAGUGCAGACCAUAGCGACAGCGAUGACUCCUCGGAGAUGGAUGAAGAUGAAUGUGAAAGACGACGCAAUGAAUGUAUGGAAAACUUAGUAGAUUUAGAACGACAAUUUACUCUCCUUAAAGAGCAACUUUAUCGUGAAAGAAUUACUCAAGUAGAUACGAAAUUAGGAGAAGUUCGAAUUGGAAAAUCUGAAGAAUAUUUAAUACCCUUGGAACGCUUGAAAGAAAAUAUGAAAACAAAAACUGAAGUAGCUGGAAUACUAAAACAGUACAGGUUACAGAAUAUACAGAAUAAAUUUCUAGCAGAGGAGCAAGCUGCGUUACAAAAUUUUGAAAGUGAGAAAGAAUUUAUCUGGGAUUGCAUUCAUAAUGAUUUACAAGAAAAAAUUCGAAGAUUAGAAGAAGAUAGAAAUAAUGUUGAUAUCCAUGCUGAUUUAUGGCUAAAUUCAACUGGUAAAAGACGUAGAAAUCACACAGAAAGGAGGAGAGCAGUUUCUGUUGCUGGGCCUUAUAUUGUUUAUAUGCUUAAUGAUGCAGAUAUUCUCGAGGAUUGGGCACUAAUAAAGAAAAGUCUAAGCAGUCGAAAAACUGAAAUAAUUUAAUACUAUGUUUAAAUAUGAAAGCAGUUAUGUCAAAAUAUUAUUAGUAACAUGAAUGUAUUGCUCUUGUUUAAAUAUUUAAACAAUUCGUGAGCAAACAUAACAUUCAUUUUACAAUAUUGAUACUUUCUCUAUAUUUGUAAUGUUUGUAUAGAAUAUCUUUCUAUACAACACUUUGAUCUCAACAAAACUAUUCUAAAUUACAACGAAAUAUGUAUGAAAAAAUACCAUGGUACAAUAUUUCUGCCUUUCAGUAAAUAAUUCAAGACCUGAUAAAUAUUAAUUAUUUAUAACUAUCGUUAUCACAAUUUUCGGUUUAAAAAGUUGUACCUAGAAACAAUUUCUCAUCAGUAGUUUUCAUCAUGUAGCAAAUAUAAUUUUCAUAAUAUAAAUUAAUUUCACAUAUCAAGAAAACUGUUUGCAUACAACUAUAACUGUUUAAAUAAUUUAACAUUCAAUGUAAAAUUGAUUUAAAAUUAUUAUCCGUAAAAUUAUUUACAUUAAGUUUAUUUAUAAGAAAUUUACUCUAGUGAAUUUUUAAAGUGACAGAUAGCUUUUUACUUUAAAAAGUAUGUACGCCUUUUUGUUAGAAAUUUAUUUAGGACAUUAUCUUCCAAAAUAUAUAAUAAUUCAUUUGAUUUAUAAUAAUGUUAUACCCAAUGUACAUGUACAAAUUGUA